GCCCAGCUUGUAAAGUAGCUCCAGGACAGUGAACCUUUGGAGUUUGAUAUGAUGUGAUUACAGAAUCACCCGAGUGACAUGUUGCCCAGUUCACCAGAAUGAGGGUCUGAGUCUUCCAUGUGGUGAUCUCUGAAAAUUGCUCAGUGAGCACCCCUAAUUUUGCUGAUUUAUUGCUGAUAAUCACUCACAAUGGAAACCAAUCAAAAAUGCGGGGAUGGACUGACUGGCACGCAGAAAGAGGCUGCACUGCGCGCUCUCAUCCAGAGCACAGGAUAUCAAUUGCACCAGGAAAAUGGCCAGAGGAGAUACGGAGGUCCACCACCCGGUUGGGAAGGCCCACCACCAGAGAGGGGCAGUGAGAUCUUUGUGGGCAAAUUACCUCGAGACCUCUUUGAGGAUGAGCUGGUGCCUCUUUGUGAAAAAUUUGGCAAAAUAUAUGAAGUACGGAUGAUGAUGGAUUUCAAUGGGAACAACCGAGGUUAUGCGUUUGUUACCUUCAGUACAAAACAAGAAGCCAAGAAUGCCAUGAAGCAACUCAAUAAUUAUGAAAUUCGGAAUGGUCGUCUCCUUGGUGUGUGUGCAAGUGUGGACAACUGCCGCCUGUUUGUGGGAGGCAUCCCAAAAACCAAGAAGAAAGAGGAGAUCCUGGCUGAGAUGAAGAAGGUGACAGAUGGUGUGGUGGAAGUGAUCGUUUACCCUAGUGCUGCUGACAAGAGCAAGAAUAGAGGCUUUGCCUUUGUGGAGUACGAGAGCCACCGUGCUGCAGCCAUGGCCAGGAGGAAACUGCUGCCAGGCCGGAUCCAGCUCUGGGGUCAUGCCAUCGCUGUGGACUGGGCAGAGCCAGAAGUGGAAGUGGACGAAGACACAAUGUCCACUGUGAAGAUCCUCUACAUCAGGAACCUUAUGCUGGCCACGACAGAAGAGACCAUUGAGAAAGAGUUCAAUGCUAUCAAACCUGGUGCAGUGGAGAGGGUGAAGAAGAUCAGGGACUAUGCUUUUGUUCACUUCUCUCAGAGGGAGGAUGCCAUUGCAGCUAUGAAUGCAUUGAACGGAAAGGUGAUUGAUAGCUCUCCUAUAGAGGUGACAUUGGCCAAGCCAGUGGAUAAAGACAGUUAUGUGCGUUACACUCGUGGCACUGGGGGACGAGGGGCGGCUCUGCUGCAGGGUGACUACACCUACACACUGGGUCAGAUGUAUGAUCCCUCAGCUGCAUACCUGGGUGCCCCUGUGUUUUAUGCACCUCAUGCUUAUGCAGCGCUGCCCAGUCAGUUCCGCUUCCCCACUGCUAAGGGCCAUGUGAGCACUCGGGGUCUGGUGCGUCCACCCUCUGUCAGAGAAAUUUACAUGAAUAUGCCUGUAGGGGCGGCAGGUGUGCGUGGGCUGGGCGGUCGAGGCUACCUUGCCUAUGCGGGCGUGGGCCGUGGCUGCCCCACAUAUCAGCUAAAGUCUGACAAACACCCUGAGGACAAACUCUACGACCUUCUCCCUGGCAUGGAGCUCACGCCCAUGAACCCCGUCACCCUGAAGCCACAGGGAAUCAAACAUGCUCCACAGAUCUUGGAAGAUAUCUGUCAGAAGAAUAACUGGGGACAGCCAGUAUACCAACUUCACUCUGCCAUUGGACCAGAUCAGAGGCAGCUUUUCCUUUACAAAAUCACCAUCCCUGCUCUGGCCAAUCAGUACCCCAACAUACACCCUUUCACCCCAGCUAAACUGUGUGCAGCAGUAGAUGAAGCCAAAAUCCAUGCAGCAGAGCAUGCACUGCAGACUCUGGGUCUACACACAGAGAGCACCGAUACUUCUGCUGCUGCCGCUGCCGCUGCUGCUGCUGCUACCGCCGCUGCUGCUGUGGCAUUCCCAGGAUAUGCAAUCGCCAACACCACUGGCACCAUGGCUACUUCUCAGCUCAAACAGACUGUGUCUCUGGGUCAGGACCUGGCAGCCUAUGCCACCUACGAGGGUUAUCCAGCGUUCGCUGUCACCACUCGCGGAGAUGCUUAUGGUGUAUUCUAAAAACACAAAACCAGCACAGUGUCUGAUAUGGCCAUUCAAAUCUGGAACAGCAUGUUUUGUGUUUAGUUGAGCAGAGAUGACUGCUAAUGUUCCUUGAAUGCCAUGUCCAGUUCACUUUCAUUAUAUAGAACGCAAGUCAGUUUUUGUCUUAAAAUAUCUUUUAUAUAAGUUGUUAGGGAUAAAUAAGUCAUUAGGUAGCAUCCAUACAGCUCUUAAAAGACACAAGGUUUUAAAACCUGCCCGUGUAUGAGAUCGGAAUUUAAAUCAAGGUUUUUCAGGGUUAGUGAAAAUGCCAUUAAAUGUACAGUUAGGAUUAUAAUAUACCAAAACCAACACACUACCCGUAGCAAUGGAUGUCAUUGUCAUACAGCUUUGAUAUUUGAUUUAUUUGGUAUGUAAAGUUUGUGCUAGUUGUGCAAGUGUUUCAGUAUUUACUUUAAUAAAAUAUAUUAGGAGUGUUUAAUAUAACAAAAACCUAUACAUAUGCUUUCAUGUUGCUAUGCAAUUUGUCUGUUCUUUUUUC